CAACAGUAGGUUGUUCUUCAGGCUCAGGCAUGCCCGUCAGAUUCCUACUUGGCUUCAUGAACGUUAACCCUGUCUGUGCUGAUGUUGCGUAAUUGACAAUAUACUGUAGCCUGCUUAAAGAUAGACGUUAAGAGUAACACUAGACCUAAAGAGUAACACUAGCAGUUCUGUCUUUUCCAAUAAGCUAUCCUUAAUUUGUUUUCCCCUCCUCGAAAUCCAAGUGGUUAGCUGCGACUCUUCUGAAAUUCGGAAAUGAGGCGUUCUUUAAAACUUUUUGCAUUGGGAAGUAUAACUGCAGCUCUUCUUGCACUGUACAUGAGAGGACCAACCUUCAAUGCUGAGUCCUUAAAGGGGGCCCGGGUCUUGGUGACUGGUGCCAGCACUGGCAUUGGAGAGCAGGUUGCUUACCACCUUGCCAAAGCAGGUGCACAGAUUGUUAUCACCGCAAGGAGAGGCAAUGUUCUGGAGCAGGUGGUACAAAAAUGCAUGAGUAUGGGGGCUCAGAAAGCUAUGUACAUCCCAGCGGAUAUGUCAGAGGCGUCCGACCCAGAGAGAGUUGUAAGGUUUGCAGUAGAGCAGCUUGGAGGAUUGGACUACCUAGUGCUGAAUCACAUCGGACCCAGUCCCUUUGCCAUGUGGGAUGGAGAUGUUGAGCAUACUAGGUGGUUAAUGCAGGUAAAUUUCUUAAGCUACCUGCAGAUGGCAUGGAAAGCCAUCCCAACUCUUGAGCAAAGUAAAGGAUCGAUAAUAGUAGUCUCCUCUGUGCUUGGUAAGAUGUGCACACCAUUUGUUGGUCCCUACACUGCGACCAAGUUUGCCUUGAAUGGUUUCUUCGGAACAAUGCAGCAUGAACUGGCUAUGAAGAAGAGCAAUGUGACUGUCAGCAUCUGCAUUCUGGGGCUGAUUGACACAGAUUCGGCUAUGGAGAAAGUCAGGUUGGCUGUUUCAAAGUUACCAGACAUCCUCAGAGGGUAUACCAACAUGACGGCGUAUCCGGCGAGUGACGCAGCCUGGCAGAUCAUCACAGCUGGAGUGACCCGGCAGCCGGAGAUCUUCUAUCCUUGGUACGCCUACUACUCCAGCCUCUUCAAGGACUGGUUUCCCUUCUUCAGAGACAUGGUCAUCCGAGGGUUUUACCAUUACGAGCCAUAGAGAAUGAUGGAGAGAAGAUCCAUAUCCUGCGCAUGUGCGCAAUCACAGCAGGAAAUGUCAUUUUGUUUUUAGAAUUAUUUAUUGUUUUUGUUUUUUUUUUCAGAGCUAUUAGAGCCCAUUUUGUUAUAGCCUAGUUGCGUAUUUCAUUCUCUCAUCUAUGUCUAAUUUUGAAGGUACACUAGGUAAGAUCGUUUACCUAGCAAAGCCAUACAGCAUAGCCAUAACGAGUCGCUAAUGAGAGAACCAGUCUUGCAACUUCAAGAAUAUUGGACCUGAAUACAUCUCGUGAGAAUUGUAAAACAUUACCUUGUCAGUAGAUAAAGCUCUUUGAAGAUAGGUUGUUACUUUUUCGCCUCCACACCAAACGCGUUUUCAUUGUGUACAGGGGGACCAAGCCAUGAGAGGCUAUUUACAACGGCAGAGUAAUAUAAAUACAUUGCGACUCCAGGGGAAGUUGCACAGUCGACAAAAAUGCUUGAAACGACAUUAACUCCUACAAAUACCUCUGAAUAGUGCAGUUCUCUUUUUUUAGGCUAGGGGGUGCAAUAGCACUAUCAAAGGCCUUUCAGCAUGAAAUUACCCCAUUCCAAAUAGAUCCCUAUUUCUUUUUUUAAUCUUUUUGUAUUACUUACUUUUACUAAUACAUUAACACUUCUGAUAUUUUAUAUUUCAUUUACAUUGCCGCAACAUAUUGUUCUACAUAUACAUGUAUAUUUGUCCAGGAUACUUGAAACUCCGAUAAUUGUGACUUAACCUACAAUCAGGGAGGAACUGAAAUGCUUUUUAUUUGCCUUGCAGUGAACAUAAAACUUGAAAAACACUGUUCAUUCAUGUCAAUCAAGGAUAGCUGAACCGGUUUGCCCCCUUGUAACAGCAGAGUGCAUGUUUCCACUCUGGGGCUUGCACUGGCCCCUUUAUGGCUAAAAAAAAUGGGUUUGUUUUCUGACAAUGAUCACAUCACUUGUAUUGUUAUUCCAGUAAAUCUGUUUGAGAAGGGUCUUCCCUUUCAUCAUA